GAAGAAGUAGUGCAGUCAAAUCGAACCACGCGAUUAAUGCGACCAUGAAUUGGAAUUGGGCGAGGCGAAGAAGCUCCGCCGCCGACGCCGAUCGCCUGGCGAUGCCCAAGGCGUCCGCUUGGGCGUGGUACAACUACAAGCACGGCUCCGGCGCCGUCGACGCCCGCGACACCGUGUCGGAGACCGACCUAAGCCGACUCAAUCACCGGCGGCCGCGGCUGCCGUCGCGGUUCAAGAGAGAGGCUAUCACCACCGGCUCCACGGCGACGGCGGAGGAGGAGGAGGAGGAGCCCGGAACGGCCGGCGUCGUGCCGUUGAUGGACUCGUACGAGAUAGAGAGGAUAACGAGGGAGCUGGAGAGGAUCAUCGGCGGCGGCGGAGCCCGGCGGAGGGAGGCGGCGGCAGCCACGGCCACUCCGCCCCCGUCCUGCUCUGCUUUCCCUGCGAUGAUGCUGAGGAGAAAGGCAGGCAAGACAUGGGCGCGCCAUGCCGUCGGAAUAUGCGGGGUGGCAAGGGACGCGGUGAAGGCACAGUCGCCGGCAGAUCGUCGGCGAGAAAAGCCAGUACGGUAACUUCGAUAGUAGCGACUUGCUUUUUUAAAAUUUAUUUACUCACUUUCGAGUUUGCUCCUUUUUUCCAUUCAAAUUUGAUAAAUCUCCUGUAAUAGAUCAUCAUUUAGCUUAAUCUAAACUCAAGUUUGAUAAAAAAAAAUAAUAAUAACGAUGUCCUGUAUUUUUUGUGA